AAAAGUACUUGAUCUUAAUGGGAUCAUGUAUAUCUAUGACCAAAUGCAACAGUGUAUUGUAAAGUUUGAUGCUUAUAACAUGCUUUUGCAAAUAUGCAGAGUUUUGUGAAGCCAUUCCUGCUGCAGUUUCAACGUCUCGUCUCGUACUGAGUUUCAGAACAGUUGGACUGAAUCUUUAAUUAGCCAUAAUCUGCCGUUUCUCAGUACUUGAUCUGUAUGAUUCUCUGAAGAGAUUUGCAAUGGCUGGGAUUUAUCAGUGUAUGUGCAAUAAAAACCCUUCCCCUCUUCAAAACCAGGCCCAUGAAGACAGUCGAGAGUCUCUGAGCCCUCUCCCACGCAGGGACACCAUGGGAAGCUUUCUUCCAGAUAACAACGCCUAUGAGCUGCGCACUGUCAUAGGUCGCGGUUUGGAGGACUUGAUGACAGUGAAUCUGGCCAGGUACAAACCCACAGGGGAACUUGUGGCCAUUCGGCGUAUUGACCUGGAUUCCUGUACUAAUGACAUGGUCAAUUACUUACAGGGAGAACUCCAUGUCUCUAAGCUGUUCCACCACCCCUGUAUUCUCCCAUACAAAAGCGUCUUCAUUGCUGAGAAUGAACUGUGGGUGAUCACACCCUUCAUGGCCUACGGAUCAGCGCGUGACUUGAUCAGUACACAUUUUGCUGAUGGUCUGAGUGAGCAGACAAUUGCCUACAUCCUGCUGGGUGUGCUGAGAGCGCUGGAGUACAUACAUCAGAUGGGCUACGUUCACCGGAGUGUGAAGGCAAGCCACGUUCUGAUUGCAGCAGAUGGGCAGGUGUAUCUGUCCGGUCUUAGGAGUAUCUUCAGCUUGAUCCGUCACGGUCAGAGAGCGCGUGUUGUACACGAUUUCCCCCAGUACAGUAUUAAAGUACUACCAUGGCUCAGCCCAGAGGUUCUGCAGCAGAAUCUUCAGGGAUAUGACUUCCGCUCAGACAUAUACAGCUUGGGCAUCACUGCAUGUGAGCUAGCUAAUGGUCACGUGCCUUUUAAAGACAUGCCUGCUACGCAGAUGUUGUUAGAGAAGUUGAAUGGUACAGUCCCCUGCCUGCUGGACACUACCACCAUCCCCCCUGAAGAACUGAGCAUGAAACCGUCUCGCUCAGGGGCCGACUCUGGGAUCUGCGAGGGCCCCAGUGCCGGUGGUGCUCGACACACAAACGGAGAGCCCUCAUCCUCCUCCGCGGGAAACCCAUACAGCCGGACCUUCAGUCCUCACUUUCAUGCCUUUGUGGAACUUUGUCUGCAGAGAGAUCCUGAGAAAAGACCUUCUGCCAGCUCCCUGAUAGGCCAUUCCUUCUUCAAACAAAUAAAGCGCAGACCAUCCGAGGCUCUUCCUGAGCUCCUGCGUCCAGUUUCUCCAAUCAGCAGCCUAGACUGCAUGCAGCCUCAGGAUUCGCCCACUGGACUAGCCAAUCUGGAGUCUGAUCUCAGCAAGCUGGAUGUGGAUGACUGGGACUUUUGACAUUAAAAACGGAUGAGAGGUGGAGGGACGAUGGAUUGGAUGGAAAGGGGUGAUUUACCAUAGGACUCUUAAUGAGAAAUUGAGAAAUGUGGAUUUUGUUUUGUGUCUUUUUUCUUUUUAGUUUUAAGUGAGAAAAAGGGAAGGCCUGUGCUAUGCGAGCAUGAUAUAGACAGUACAAAGAGCUUUAAAUAAGCUACAAGAGACUCUGGAAUGUUUCUUGGUUGUCUUUGUGAUUUGUGUAUGUCACUGAAACAUAAGAGACUAUAAGAAGAGAAAUGAAAAGCCAGCAGCCACUUAGCCUUGCUAAUGCAUCCAGAAGCAUGAACUGAAGCCUGAGGCAUGCACUGCGCACCCUCGCCUACAUUUUAGUUACUCUUACAGACUGGCCAUGUGACAAUGGUGAUCACUUCAGGCUACUGAAAUGUGUUCUAUGCGUUUCAGCUGAACUAAUGACACUCUAUGAAUGUCUACCAGCUUACAGCAACACCAGUUCACAAUUGUAUUACCAUGUAUCCUAGCAUAUUUGUCCAGUGAAGCAUAAAGAGCUGUCAGUAAAGUCAAACUCGACUGUCCAAUUUAUGGAUGGAUUGUGGGAAUGGUGCUCAAUAGUGACGCCACAAAAAAAAAAAAAAAAAGCUAGAUUACUUUUUUUGCCUGCUAUCUGGUGCAGUUGUUAGUUUAAAAAUAUUAAUUCUGUUGUAUUUUUGCUAAGAUUAAUUUCUGUUCUUGGCAUGCGUUACAGAAGGAAGUACUUCAAUGGACCGUCUGUGUAUUUUUUUCCAGCAUAUUUACAUCUUGGUCAAAUGGAAUAAAUGUUGCCAUUGAUGAUG